AUGACAAUCAUCAAGGACACAAAAGUCCCUAACGCCUGCCUCUUCACGUUGAAUAAAGAGGAUCACACAAUUGGCAUCAUCAUCAGACAACAACUUCUGAAGGACCCCCAGGUGCUCUUUGCUGGCUAUAAGGUCCCUCAUCCCCUGGAGCACAAGAUUGUGAUCCGUGUUCAGACUACACCAGACUACAGUCCUCAGGAGGCUUUCACUAAUGCCAUCACUGACCUCAUCAGUGAGCUGUCCUUGUUGGAGGAGAGAUUUAGGGUGAGGACAUGA